AUGGCCGCGCUUCCUUCAGACUCGAGCUUCGUUGGCGGCUUGCCCACAGACUCGAGCUCGAAUCCCGCGUCCUUCAGCUCAACACCCCCAACCAGCAUCUCCGACAGCGGAGACCUCGCAAACGAUACGCCGAAGCCCGAGAUCGAGUCUGUCAUUGCCCUGCUUGAGAAGCCUGCCGCAGCUUCUGCCACUGUCAUAGUCGCCACCUCUUGUGCUGACACCGCAGACGCUGACACGGAUCUGACAUUGCCUUCUGAGACCUCUCGAACUGAGCCGUCUCAUGAGGAUAAUACUCCAACGCGCCCGCGCCGCUCUCGGCACUCGGAACCUGUCAUAUAUAACCUUGCAAAACUGAGUGGAACUGCGCAUCACGGACAUCGCCGAUCGAAAGGAGACAAUGUCGUGGAUAGGAGGAGACGCACCACUGCAGGCGCGUCUCUGGCAGGGGACGGCAGCCACGCCUCGGAAGGGAGCUCUGAAAAACCGGGCGAAUUGGUACAGGAUGGCAUUGAGGCCCUCGAUAUGGAUUGGUCUAUGGACCAGAUUCCCACACCAAAAAGCGCUCGUUCGCUGCGCGCAAAACAACCUCCACAAAAACCUCAACCCUCGGGCAGCAAGAUCAAGACACUUGCGCGUGCUUUCAGCACAUCUGUGCUCUCGCGGAGGUCGACACGCCUCUCAGGCCCUGUUUCCAGCAGUUUGACUGAGCAAUUGGCAUCCAUGAAACCCCGCGCGCGCAAGUCUUUCGAGCAGUCCCACUCCAUGACCCGGGAGCUGAAGCGGCUGGCGGACACGAAGGAGUUUGCAAAGGUAGAGGAGAAGCCGGUUAUCACGAGUAUCUGGGCAAAUGGAAAGUACUAUGAGUCGGUCGAGGCCGCUGAUGCGGCCAAAGCUGCCGCUGAUGCAGUUUUCAAGGGCAAGGCGAACCUCGUGACCGUGACCAAGGGAGAAAAGGCCCAGGCCGCGGCGGCGCAGGUGGACAGGAAAGCAUCGGAAGCCACCGACGAUAACUCCAAGGUCGAAGCUGAAGAUGAGCAAGCUGCCCUCGAAGGCCCUCCAACGAUGCCCCCUCCAAAACGCCAGAAGAAGUGGCUAGAGAAGGGUCUUUACGCCGGCCAGACAGUUGAAGAUGUCACCAAGACCCUAACUAAGGAAGAAAAGACUGCCAUGGCCAAGAUCCCAUUCCUCGGAAAGCCUGCCCCGAAGAACAAGGCUUUGCCAUUGCCCAUGUACAAUGGCCUUCGCACCCUGGUGAAGGGGAGGGACUUUAAACUACCAUACGACGUUUGCCACCCUUUGGCGGAUCAGCCAAAGCCCAAAGAGUGGCGCAAAAUAACCAAGAGUCGUUUCGUUGGAGAAUCGUUGUCUCUGUGGAAAAAGAACUACUACUUUGAUAAUCGCUCUACAUGCGUAUGCACCAAGGAUGAUGGUUGCGGAGAGGACUGCCUCAACCGCUCAGUCCUGUACGAAUGCAACGACACAAACUGCAACGUCGGCCGCGAACACUGCCAAAACCGGGCAUUUCAGGACUUGCAGGAUCGUACCAAGAAGGGCGGCAGCUAUCGCGUGGGCGUCGAGGUUGUUCACACAGGCCCGCGCGGCUUUGGUGUACGAGCUAGCAGGUGUUUUGAGCCUGGCCAGAUCAUUAUGGAGUACGCCGGCGAAAUCAUUACGGAGGAGGAAUGUGAGCGCCGCAUGAAUGAGGUUUACAAGGACAAUGAGGCGUAUUAUCUCAUGUCGUUUGACCAAAACAUGAUCUUGGAUGCUACUACUGGUAGCAUUGCAAGAUUCGUGAAUCAUUCGUGCUCACCCAACUGUAGAAUGAUUAAAUGGAUUGUCUGCGGGAAGCCAAGGAUGGCCCUCUUCGCCGGCGACAAUCCUAUCAUGACAGGCGAGGAGCUGACCUACGACUACAAUUUUGACCCGUUCUCUGCUAAGAACGUCCAGAAGUGCUUGUGCGGCAGUGACAACUGCCGUGGUGUCCUGGGACCCCGAACUCGUAAUGACAAAGCGGCCAAGGCCAACGGAGCUGGCAAGGGGAAGAACUCACCACCUUCUAAGAAGCAAACGGUGAAGGCCACCGUUAAGGCAAGCAAGCGCAAGCUUAAGGAGCUUUUGCACGGCACUGCGGAUGACGAGAAAACGGCUGCCAGUCCAGCCAAGAAACGCAAGAUAAAGGUCGCAGUGAAGCGCUCCAUCUCCAAUGCCGGACUCAAGGUCGCUAAAGGCGCCAAGACCGCCUCCAAGAUUGUGAAGCGCAGCGUAUCAUCCAUCACAGUCAACGCCGAAAACGAUACUCUGUCAGCACCAGCCAGUGGCGUCAACAAGCCAACUGCUCGACGUGCCACCACCUCGGCGCUCCUUACCAAGGCCGCCAAAGUCACCAAGAAGACACCUACCAAGAAGAUGACCAAGGGCAAGGCAGCGGCCGUAUCAGCCCUGGUCGGCGGCAAAAAGCACACCCCUAAGUUGGCAGCCAAAUCGACAACUGCCAAGAAGUCUACCAGCAAGACAAAGGCUACAAUUGUGGCCGCUGCACAAGCAGAAGAGACUUCCACACCCACUGCCUCUCCAAAAGCGAAGAAGCAGGCCAAGAAAACUGCCACUUCUACACCAGCAUCACGCAAAAAGGCCGGCAAGGGUGAGGUGGUACAGAGGCGCGAGCCUUCACCGCGGACGAGGAAGCCAACCGCCAAGGCUCUCGAGGCCACAACGACAGUUGACACUGCUGUUUCUGCGCUCAAGCCCAAGGCUGGCUCUGGGAUUUUGAAGUCAGUGCCACGUCGCAAGUCGACAGGCACACUGCUCGGCAAGGCCAAGCAAGGAAAAACAUCAGGCCGACAGUCGACUCUGUCAAGUUUUCUCAAAAAGGCCAGCUCCUCGAACGAUCUGACACAGCAAUAUGAUGUUCCUGACAGCCCCGUGCGCGAGACUGCCAGACCAGCGGUUUCCCGCAUCUCCAAUGUGACGUCGCCACCCAGACCUGGAAGGAAGGCAAUGGAGAUUUCUAGAGCGCUCAACCAGGUCCGCCUCGUCCCCAAUGAUGAAUGA